GAGUUCUAUACACACAUAUACAUAUGUAAUUGUGGGGUUCAUAUUGCAAACAUUAUGGUAAAUAAUUACAUUUUCGCCAAAAAGUCAACUGUAGUAAAUUAUAAAUCCGUAGUAUUUAUAACUUGCCUCUCUCAUUUUAUACUUCUUAAAAUUGUUAUAAAAUUACAUACAAAAUAAAUGAGCAAACCCCUUUUUUUUUAAAACACCAAGUUUUUCUGAGGAGGAUUCCCGAUUUGUGAUGUUUUUCUCCUACGUUAACGAACGGCUAUUACAAUGGGGACGGUACGUUGAUUUUAGUAUAUCACAACUUCGUAGUUUUUGAUGAAAAAGAAGCCAUAACUUAAAUCAGCUAGCUGUAUAUGUAAUACAAAUUGACUUAAACGAAUAUAUUUCAUUCUAAAUCAUUUAUAUCGAUUGAUUUAGCAUAUGCAUGCAUAUAUUAUUAAGAUUGUCAUAUACAAUUUUUUUUUAUUGGGUACGAUACCGUUCAUAUGUACCCAAUAAAGAAAUUAAAAAUUUCUUUAUUGCCAAAAAAAAAAAUAAUAAUAAUAAUUCUUUAUUGCCUACUGUGUAAUAAACUGCAAGACAAGUAAGGUGUAACAAUGCUCGCGAAGACAUUUGUUCCGAGACAACUCCUUGUGUCGAGGUGUUUCUCAUCUGUUACUUCGAAGACACUCAAGGUGGGAGAUGUUUUGAGAGAAGCAAGAGUGUUUUCAAGUGAAGAUGUUAAGAGCUAUGCUGAGGUGAGCCAUGAUUGGAACCCACUUCAUUUUGAUCAAGAAUCUGCCCGUAAAGCUGGAUUCGAGAGUUGUCUUGUCCAUGGAAUGCUUGUGUCUUCCAUGUUUCCGCGUAUCAUCUCUGCCCAUUUCCCUGGAGCAGUGUAUGUAUCUCAAACUCUGCAUUUUCGAUCACCAGUUUACAUAGGAGAUGAUAUUCUCGGAAUUGUACAAGCUACAACUUUAAGACAAACCAAGAAUAAGUACAUUGUCAAAUUCUCAACCAAAUGCAUCAAGAAUCACAGUGAACUUGUACUUCUUGAUGGUGAAGCUACUGCAAUCUUACCAAACCUCGAGGUGCUACAACCAUGUCAUUCGGAAUGAUAAACUGAUCCGACAUGUAAGUUUCUGUGUGUUUACCAUGUUCUUGUUCUGUUUUGUUCUUUCAUUUCUGCUGUCUUUGAAGAGUCUGGAAUUUGUGAGAUUUUUGUUGUAAGUUAUAUUACUAAUGAAUUCAAUUGCUACUAUAUAACCUUCUAUAUUGUUUCAAUCACAGUUUCACAUUCAAAUCUUUA